UCUUCUCAUCCCGUCUCCCCUGCUCGCUCGCUCGCUCAGAGCCACAGACGCUCCUCCAGCUCUGUGCAGCGCGGCGUGCGAACAUGGUCGGCGGCUCCUGUGCUCGCAAGCUGGCCCGUCGGUCUCGGUCCGCCCUGAUCGCAGCCCUCACCGUGCUGCUGGUGCAGACCCUCAUUGUGUGGAACUUCAGCUCCCUCGACUCCGGCGAAGAGCGAGAAAACGCAGGCUCCAGCGUGCGAGAGAAGAGGGACCGGGUGGCGGGCAGCAGAGCCGCCGGCAGCGAGUAUCUCCAGCGCGGAGACCAGCAGCAGCGGCAGCCCGGGCAGCAGCAGCAGCAUCUUCCUCCGCCGGGGAGGGGGACGUCUCGUCACAUACAGCAGCCGGACGGGUAUUACUCCCACCGGCCGAAGGAGAAAAGCAGAGUUGACAGCAACAAUGAGAACUCGGUGCCGAAAGACUUUGAGAACAUAGAUAAUAGCAAUUUCGGUGCCCGUUCGCACCGGCAAUCCGUAGGCGCCACCAGCAGCAAGCAGCGGGAGCGUGUGCAAGGGAAGCCCCACACCCAGCAGCAGGCGUGGCACGACAGCUCCCCCAGACUGGGCCGCAGCUCCAAUGAGAUUUUGCCCAUCGGCCACCAGUCGCUGGAACUGGGAAACAAUGCCUCCUAUCCUGGUGGCCAGGGCAUCGCCGGAGGCCUGCAGCAGCAGCACACUCGUACCUCACUUGACCAGCCUGGCCAAUCCCAGCACAGACAUCAGCAUCCACACAGGAAGCAGGCGACUACACCAACACUGGAGGUGACGUACGAUCAGCCGCCGCAGUGUGAGAUCAGCGGCAAGGAAGCCAUUUCUGCCCUGUCCAGAGCCAAGAGCAAGGAGUGCCGGCAACAGAUUGCUGAAGUCUACUGUAGACACAAAGAGGGCCAGCUAAUGCCUGAUGCAGUAACCCGUUAUUGCCCUAUUGAAGGUAAAGCCAACGUGAACAUCCAGUGGGAUGAAGAUUCUGUGGAGAGCUUUCCAUUGAAACCAGUGAGAAUAGCUUUUGUUCUGGUGAUUCACGGACGAGCCUCUCGCCAGUUCCAGCGUCUCUUCAAAGCCAUCUACCACACCUCUCACUUCUACUACAUCCACGUCGACCAGCGGUCCAACUACCUGCACAGGCAGGUGCAGGCCCUCGCUUCUCAGUAUCCCAACGUGAGGGUGACGCCCUGGCGCAUGGCCACCAUCUGGGGAGGAGCCAGUUUGCUGACCAUGUAUCUGCGCAGCAUGGCUGACCUGCUGGCCAUGAGGGACUGGAGCUGGGAUUUUUUCAUCAAUCUCAGCGCUGCCGACUAUCCUAUCAGGAACAAUAACCAGCUGGUGGCGUUCCUGUCCAAGUACAGAGACCUGAAUUUCAUUAAGUCCCACGGCCGGGACAAUGCAAGGUUCAUCCGUAAGCAGGGUCUGGAUCGUCUCUUCUAUGAGUGCGACACUCACAUGUGGAGGCUGGGCGACCGAAAAAUCCCAGAAGGCAUCGCUGUGGACGGCGGCUCUGACUGGUUCCUCCUCAACCGCAUGUUUGUGGAAUAUGUGAUCAACUCCAAGGACGAUCUGGUCACCAGCAUGAAGCGAUUCUACGCGUACACGCUGCUGCCUGCUGAGUCGUUCUUCCACACUGUGCUGGAGAACAGCGCCCACUGUGAGAGCAUGGUGGACAACAACCUGCGCAUCACCAACUGGAACCGUAAGCUGGGCUGCAAGUGUCAGUACAAGCACAUCGUGGACUGGUGUGGAUGCUCGCCCAAUGACUUCAAGCCUUCAGACUUUCACCGCUUCCAGCAAACGGUGCGGCCCACCUUCUUUGCCAGGAAGUUUGAGGCCAGCGUGAACCAGGAGAUAGUGAACCAGCUGGAUGCCUACCUGUUUGGACCGUUUCCUCAGGGGACGCUGGGACUGAACUCGUACUGGGAGAAUGUUUACGACGAGCCAGAUGGCGUCGCCAGCCUGUCGGACACGCUGCUCACGUAUUACCACGCCUUCACGCGGAUGGGCCUGGUGAGGGCUGCGGCCUCGCUUCAGGGGAACCCAAACGAUCACAGCUGCAGGUAUUUCCCAAUGGGCCACCCUGUGUCAGUGCAUCUCUACUUCCACCUAGACCAGUUCCAGGGUUACCUGGUCAAGCACCAUGCCACCAACCUGGCAACAAGCAAGCUGGAGAUCAUGGAGACCUGGGUGGCACCCAAAAAGAACUUUGAGCUGACCACGCUCCCAGGCAGCACAUUCAGCCGUCUUCAGUUUGCCGAGAUUGGCACAGAGUGGGACGCUAAAGAGCGCAUGUUCAGGAACAUCGGUGGCCUGAUGGGCCCCAUGGAUGAGACGGUAGGCAUGCAGAAGUGGAACAAAGGCCCAAACGUCACAGUCACCGUGGUCUGGAUCGACCCCACCAACGUCAUCGCAGCCACCUACGACAUCCUGAUCGACGCGAGUGCAGAGUUCACCCACUAUCGUCCGCCGCUCAACCAGCCGCUGCGACCCGGAGUCUGGAACGUCCGAAUCCUACAUAACUGGAGCCCCGUGGCCGAGAUUCGUUUCCUUAUCGUUCCGCUGGCCUAUAACAAGCACCAGCCCAUAAGACAAGAGGACACGCUGAGGCUCCACAACGGGCCAGCAAAGAACAGCUACAUGGAGCAGAGCUUCCACGGCCUGAACCCGGUGCUCAACAUCCCCGUCAGCUUGGCUUACGUGGAGCAAGCCAAGAGGAACGCGGCCCUCACCGGACCGGAGCUCGAGGGCUGGGUGGACGGCCUCGUGGGAGAGCUGUGGGAGGCCGCCGACAUCUGCGCCGUCGGCCUCACCGCCUGCCCCGUCAUGCAGCCCUGUGCCAAGAGCCCUUGGAGCUCCAUGAGCCCGGAUCCCAAAUCCCAACUGGGAGCGCCGCACCCCGACGGCCGCAUAAGGUAGCAGCGAGGCCUCCAGCUGGACGGGGGUCCGUGACACUGUUUGGUUUUAUUUAUUCGAGAGGCUUAUUGCAAGGGGUGCAGGGGAGGAGGGAGGAAGAGGAGAAGCUCUUCUUCUGCACCUCUGAGCAGAAGCAAAAGGAAAAAAGGUGGAGUCCUUCAGCGUGCUGUGGGUAAGGCUGUCUUAAAAGCGAGGGGAAGCAUUUCUCUGAACCUCCCACAGAGUUUAUUCCUCGAGGGGAUUUUGCUGGCUUUGCUAUUUCACUUUCUCAGUGUAUUUAUUUUUCUUUUCAUGGCUGAGUUUUACUGUGAUAAAACGUUGCAAUUUUGGAGCUUUUUACUGUGCAGCCCAAUGAAUUGUGACGCCCUGCUUUUGGGCUGUGUGGCCAUGCGAGUCUGAACUGUCGACACUGCUGCAACAAAGCCUUAGUGGGAAGAGAUUCACCAGGAGGUAGCCGAGCACUGACACAAACCUGGCUCCUAAAACCUCAUCAACAGAAACACUAUGACAACAGCUGACCGAUAAGCACCCCUAAACAGAUUAGUAACAUUUUGUGACAGCUCAGAUUUUAUUUUAAUUUUGUUUAUUAGAUAAACACACCAGCCCUUAUAUCUGUCUAUAGGCACCCCUGGUAAGGAUACGUAAGAAGCCUUAAAAAAAAAAAAAGUACAUCUCCUACUGCAGUAAUAUAAUCUCCUGAUGAAAAAUUUUCCAAGUUUGUUUUUGGAUAUUUUUAUUUACCUCUUUGCCAUCUGCCCCUCACUCUGCAUGUUAGCAAUUUAAGCUUUGCUUUUCAUGCAGCCUUUCUUGUCAUGCUUCCAGCUGUAUUAAGCUUUUUUUCGUUUAUCACUCCGACCGUAGAUAUGAGGGUCGUCAUAAUGGUAAAGUUUCAACUCGACAAUCAAAAAUCUAAAUUUUUGAUUGUUUCUCUAAAAGCAAAGGAUUCCUUGUAAUACAGAUCAAAAGUAACAAAUUGUUCCGUGGCAAUAUUUUUUAUUGUAUUAGAGCACAACCGAUAUAUAAUCAGUAAUUCAGGAAAAAAAACAACAACUAUUAUUUAAAUUUCUUUUUGUUCAGCAAAAACUGAACUAGAGCCCCUAAAAAUGUAAAAGUGUUUAAGGAAGAAUUCAGAAUUCAUCCGUGAAAUCAACUGGGAGAAAAAUUAUUUUAACAUUUUGUUCCAGGAUCUGAAUAGGUGUUCUGGGUUUUGUGCUCUUUCACCAUUUCGUACCAAACUACUAACCUCCUCUUCCUCAGCAGGAAGGGGAGGAACCGAGUGUCUGCAUUUCCACAGUGCUGCUGUGCGAAGUUGUGUGCCAACUUGGGGACAUGAAAGUUGCUCAGUUGGUGUCUGUUGUGUCGCAAAUAGCACCUAACUUCCUUUUUUAUGUUGAUCAUACUUAAAUAUUGUUUAUCUUGACAGUCCUUGUAGACAUGGACAGCCUUAGACAAGUAACACAUCUGCCUUACUUGGUUUGCAUAAUUAGUAAUUCAGAAAAACAAAAAACAGAACUAUUAUUUAAACAGUCUGAACAGUCAGGCGAGAAGUUAGUCUUUCUAACAUCCCAUUUACAGAGAUAAAUUUCCAGACUUUAUGAUCAAUUUUAAAAAGAAGUAAUGAAAACUUAAUCAGUUUCACUAAUUUUCACAGGGUUUUAAUUUCUAAAUUUGUAUUUUUUUUUUCUUUUCUUUUUACCAGGGGUGCCGGUUAUUGUGUGGGGAGCUGUAAAAUCACACAUUUCUGCAGUUGAGUGCCUGAUUAGGUUUCAGACCAGCUGUGGCUGGUUUUGUUUUGUUGGGAUAAAAAUGCCUUUUUUGAAUAAUUAGUUAAUUGGAAAAAAAUAUAUAUAUUACACAAACAAAACCUGCUUGCAGACAUUUGUAAAUUGUGUUACUUUGUUUUGAGGUUUAACAUUUACAUAGAUUAGACUCUUUUUUUAUUAUUAUUAUAAUAGCCAGGGUUUAUGACAGGCAGAAGAGAAGAAAGUAAUAGUUUCUUCUUUUCUUAAUUCAAUCUGCCUCAAACUUGAAACUAAAUUACCUUAAGCUAUCAUUAAAAGUCUUUUGUUUGUUGAGUUUAUUCCAGUCAUUUCACAACACCUAAUGUUGUACAUAAUUAUUCAAGAAUCUUCAAAAUUGUAUGAGUGAGGAAGAGGUAUUGUUAUUUAUUUCUAAGUUUAUAUUAAUACUGCUAUUUUUAGUCAGUGACUAAAUAACUGCAACGCUGCCUUGGCAGCAUGAUGAGUAUUUUUUUGUAAGGAAAGCCGCCUUUAUUUACAAAGGCCAUCACCCCGAGCUUAAUAUUGUACGUUUUUAUGGCCCGCACUUGUGUGUUUGUCUGUGUUGUCCUGUCUGAAUAAGACCUUCUCGUCCCGGUUUCUUUCAUGGCUGUUUUCAGUGAAGCUCACAAGAGAAAAACGGUGCCUGAACUUUUUCACAUUUUGUCAUGUUACAAGCACAAACCUAUGUACAUCGUACUAUUAAGUUUGCCCAACACUUUGCAAUGCUCAGUUACGAAGUGAAAGGAAAUAAGAUGCUUGAUUUUGUUUUGUUAUGUCUGAGAUUGAAAUAUUUGCCUAUUUUUUUUCCAACAUAGCUCAAACUGACUCAGGCGGCAGGGCUCUGCACAUUACAGUCUGUGACAAAUACUGCGCCAUGUGUCCACAUACUUGCUUUAAUGUGAUUCCCAAUAGGCAUCGUCUUGUGUUUUUACGUAACUUUAUAUUCCAAUAAUAAUAUAAAGUUCAACCUAUAUAUCUGUCCACACGCAUGAGCCUCCUGGCGCCAUGUUUAAUUUUUAACAGGAAGUUGUGGUUAAACAUUCUGAUUGGCUGAUAUAGGUUUUACCUUUGCGUUACACUGCCCCCUAUGGGUUUGGCAUGUUUAAAGCAACGUUCAGUGGCGUAUCUGUGCAGGUUCACGUGAAUGGAAACCUUUCUGAAACCGUUCCCGUGUCUACAAGGCCUCAGAUUGAAUGUGGAGCAUGGAUUUAGUCCUGAACUUUGACUGGGCAAUUUUAACACAAGAAUACGCUUUGAUUGGAGCCGACCCAUUGCAGCUCUGGCUGUAUACUUAGUCGUUGUCCUGCUGAAAGAUGAGCAUCCGCCUCACUUUUUAAGUGUCUCGCUUCCACAAUUUAGCAUCUUUUGAUCGAAUCCAACUAAGUUAUUUGUCUGUAGCGAAGAAAAGCACUCUCACAGUGUUGUCUCUUGCAUGUUGGCCAAAAGAUUUAAUUUUUGUUUCGUCCCGCCAAGAGCUUCUUUCGCCACACGUUUGCAACAUUCCCUAUAUGACACUUAAUCGAGCUUUCUCCUUUCCACUGGUCCAGAUUUUUUCCCACUUCACAGUUUUUCGUUUCUUUGUGUUGCGCUAAAUGUUAAUUAAAUACAUUAUAGUUUGUAGUUGUAACGUGACAAGCCUGGAAAAAGUUGAAUUCUUGCAGAGCACUGCAUCUGUAGGAAAAAUAGAAACUGUCCUCAUAAGCAAAUCCUCUGGACAAUGCGUGGACUUGAAGGAGAAACUGUGUCUUUUGGUGUUGUUUCCGAAUGACAGUGAGUGGUUGUAGUUGUCAUGCUGUGACAAAAAAAAUGUAAAAUUUCAAGUGAAUAUUAUAUUGUAUCUUGAGUGCAAAAAAUUAAUAAUUUAUUAGACUUGUUCUUCGGCACCUUGUCAGCUCUGCUCUCGUUUGAAGUAGCUUUUCUCUCAUCAAGACAAUCUCCGGACACUUGCACCAACUUAAUCACACUCGGGACGGCAACUGAUCCUGAACAAGGAGUUCAGUCACAUAUUUGCUUUACCUUGAAAAACAGUUUCAUCUGAAGCCAAUUAGGUUUUCAAUCUGUGAUUGUCAGCAUUGUUUAGUCGUCACAUGAGCUAAAUGAGUGGUUUUGCACAGGCUAAUGAAGAGACAUUACUGUUCAUUAACGUCAAGUUCACCUUGCCUCUCUGUCAGAUGGGGAGGAAUAUAACUGCUGUCUCUCUUUCCUUUCAUAUCGACUGUUUCUGGUGUGAAACGUCCUCAUUCUGACCGCCGUGCUCUGAACCGCUGCGUCACACACACACACACACACACACACACACACACAGUACUUAUUCCGCUGUAAGCUCAUUGACAGGCUUGGAUAAAAUUAAUUCAAUGUGAUUUAAUGUGAAAAGUCAUAUUUUGUAACAAAAUGAUUAACAAAUGAAGAUGUACUGUAUAUAGGUAUUUUGUAUUGAAAUGUUGUUUCAAAAGAACACCAUUAGUGUAAAUACAAAGGUGGCGAAUUGACACUGAAGUGUGGAGAGUUUUUUGUUGUUUCUUUUUUCAAAAAUGUUGCUAACUGGACAAAAAGAGUGAAUUCAGUGUUUUAUCAAUUAAAAGACAUAAGGUGUUUCAGUAUCUCGGACUGCUGAGAAAAGGCAACUUUUUCCUGUACGUGUCCCAGAGAAUCCAGAUUGUUGUUGUUCUUGCUGGAAUGUAUUGUUGAGCAUCUGUUGCACAAAUAUCUCUGACUCAUCAUGUCCCCCAUGUUAUUUUAUUCAGAGAGGCUCAGUGUGCCUUAGCUGAUUUUUAGAACCUUCUCUGUCCAUUACAGAAAUAUUUGUUUAUGUUUUGUCUUUGUUUUUUUUUUUGUUUUUUUACCUCAUGUGAAGAAAGCCAUGAGUCCAUCAAGUGAUCUAUCAGUAACUCUGACACCAAAUUGAUGUCUGCUGUUGUAUAUAUCAUCAGGCCUUCUCUUACUGUGAUCGACUUUUCUUUCUUUUCUUUUUUUUUUUUUGUUCUUCCCUUUUGGGGAUUUGUUUGAUCAAACUGGCUUGUUUUACUUUUCUUUGACUGAUUUUUGGAAAUAAAAUUCUGUAAAACAGCAGCCCAUGUGGAUGUGUGAUGUACUGCGGUCUACAGCACUGAACCUCUAAUGAUCAGCAAUUUACCAAGAACGGUUCUUGUUCCAACCUCUCUCUAUGGGUUGCCUCCUCCAAUCUGUGGACCUGUAGGUUAAUUGUUUCCUGUAAUGGGUCUGCAGGGUUAGCAAAUAGUGUUUUAUUUGCUAAAUGCCAGGAUCAUAAAAGAUUAUUUUGGUGAUCCUAACUGACCUACAAUGCAGUAAAUAUGUGAUAUGAACUGGAUGUAUUAUUAAAAAGAAUGGAUUUAUAGUGUUUCACUUCUUCCACAUUUUGUUAUGUUAAAACUUUGUUCCUAAUUGUAUUAAAUUAAUUGCUGUUUUCUAAAUUAUUCACACAAAAAUUCUAUUAUGGCAAUGUGGAAAAAAUGGUUUUGAGGGUUGUUUUUUUUUUGCAAUUUGAUUG